CAGGGAAAGAACGAAUGGGUUGUGACAAGUAGUGAAAUCUACAGGGCAAAGGAGCAUAAUGGAUGUUAGACAGGCUAGGCAGCUUAGCCGCAGCCAAGAGAUCACUAACGAACUCCAAGAUGAGAAUGACGUGCAUUGUAAAUGGAUCCUGCAAAGAAAAAUAAAAUCUUUCAUUCUCUAGUCAGCGCUUGAUUUUUCCUGUCCGUCUUGGUCGGCCUUUUGGUACGUAGUUUCGUUUUCGUCGUUUUACAGCCAGCGAAAAAUUCCUUCCAGUUUUGCACAUUCAGCAAUUGUAAAUCGGUGACAUAGUUGGUGGCGGCCGCCCGUCAGCAACCGAUUAUCAGAUCUCUGGUUGUUGUUAAUAAUUGUGUAAAUCUUAUGUGUGACAUCUGACCUGCGUGGCGAAAUGGACAAUCAGCAUCCGCAGUAUCCCGUCUACGCGCAGAGCAAUUAUUUUGCUGAUCACUAUCCAUAUUCGUAUGGAUUAAAGACAGACAACUAUCAACAUUUAAAUUUGCCCAUUUAUCCGCCGAAUUUAAUGCCACAGCCGGCGCAAUCGCCGUUUAACGAAGAAUCCUGCUCCGUUGUGUCAGCACAACAGCAGUCGCUGUCGACGUACACUUUCCCGGCUGCAGUGGCUAAUGGAUCGGCAACAACAGGCACGAUUAAUGACAGAAGCAGCACAGUAAUCUUACAAGAUACACCGCGGCGAAAUGAUCAAUUUCCAUCAGAUGCAACUGGACUUUCUGAUAGCUCUCACAAACUCCUCACCAGCGCAUCCGGCAUGCAGAUGACCUUUUCCUCUAACAUGCCACAGAAAGCGGUAGAUGCCGGUAUCAUCGGUAUGGCAAAUCGUGUUAAACAGCCGCCAAAAGGAGCCAGUGAUUACGAUGAUGAAAACUGCAGUGAAAGGUAUUCGGAAGAUUUAGAUGGGGAGAACGAUAACCAUAUUCCGCAUGUCCUGGCACCGCCGAAUAUUCACGGACAUGGACAGCGCCGUUGUUUAUUGUGGGCCUGCAAAGCCUGUAAACGUAAGGCUGUCACCGUCGAUCGACGCAAAGCGGCUACCAUGCGCGAGCGCCGCCGGCUCCGUCGUGUUAAUGAGGCUUUUGAGAUUUUAAAACGUCGAACGUGUCCAAACCCUAAUCAGCGACUGCCCAAAAUAGAGAUUCUCCGCCAUGCAAUAGAAUAUAUUGAAGGAUUAGAGCAGCUUCUGAAAAAUAAUAACCAUACCACCAGCGCAUUUUUGCGUGGGAAUGACAAUGUUGCUUGCCGUUCUGCUCUUCGAGUAAACGACCAUCAGGCAUUGUCGCAAGCUUCCACUUCAUUAACUAAUUAUCCCGAGCGUUUGCUAGCGCCAUUUUCCGGAAAUGAAUCGGAAUCCAAUGAAUCUCCCGCUCCUAUUGGGACCCCACAGUGCGAGCAAGAUGCCAGCCAUAUCUCAAGCUUGGAUUGUUUAUCAAUGAUUGUGAAAAGUAUCAGUCCUACUGCCCGCUCAAAACUCUUGGAUGCUGCCAUGUUUAAUUCAUUGAAAUCAGAUACGAUUCUACAGGAACAGCUACCUCACAACGGGGCAGUGCAGCAUGCGGCGGCUGCGGUUAAUGUUGGUGAUCCGCUAGCUUUUCAUCAAUAAACGCCUAUUUACAUGGAACAUGAAAACUAUAGUUUUUGACGGUCUUUACUAACCUGAAAUGAACUGUACAGAAGACAAAUAAAAAUUGGGCUAUGUAUUAUAUGUUCAAUGUUGGUGAGAUGAAAAAAUAUUCUUAAUAAUAACCGCCUGUGUGCCUAGGCGGAAUUUCGAAAUUGUGCGGUAUGGUAUCGUAUUCUGUGAAGCAUGAGUGAAAGCCAUAUUAGUGAUUAAAAUUAAUGGUUAU